GAGAGUUGUGGCUUCAGUAGGCAGCCCUGCAAGAAGUCAGGAAGAGGUCUGCUAAGUCACUCUGCCCAGGACAGAAGUUGGCUGUCUUUCAAGAAAAGUAAAAAGAGACAGCAGUUUUUCCCCACCCACCACAGCAGCUGGCACCAACUCAGCCCCAUCUCACAAAACCCAAGAAUAAGCCUCAGAAAAAGACGACAACUCAUACUUAAUGGACAGAUAAGGCUUUUGGACGAGUUCCUCGGACACACGGAUCUGCCUGUUUUUCUGCAGUUUGAGAUUUACUGACUGCAGACUAAGCAGAACAGAAAUAUACAGACAAAAUCAGACUUUAGUAGAUAUUAGCCACAGAGCAUUUGCGGAGAUGAGGGGAAGAAUCUGCUCUGUGUUUUUCCUGGUGAUUGUAGUGACCUUGCUCAGUGGCCUUAGCUGCCUCUGUGAGGCAUUACCUUCAAAUCAAAGUGUCGGGCCCAGGCCUCCUCACCUUAUCUUUAUCAUGGUGGAUGACCAGGGUUAUGGAGAUAUUGGCUACCAUGGCUCAGACAUCCACACUCCUGUGUUGGACCAGCUGGCAGCAGAAGGGGUCAAACUUGAAAAUUAUUAUGUCCAGCCUAUCUGCUCUCCAUCUCGCAGUCAACUCAUGACAGGGCGCUACCAAAUUCACACUGGACUCCAGCAUUCAAUCAUCCGACCACGCCAGCCCCUCUGCCUGCCCCCGCACAUUCCCACCCUACCGGAGCGACUGGUUGAGGCUGGAUAUGCAACACACAUGGUGGGUAAAUGGCACCUGGGAUUCUGUAGAACGAGCUGCCUACCCACAGGACGUGGCUUUCAGAGUUUCCUGGGCACGCUGACUGGAAGCGGGGACCACUUCUCCUAUCAGAGCUGCGAUGGGGCUGAAGCUUGUGGGUUUGAUCUGCAUGACGGAGUCAGGCCUGCCUGGGAGAUGACGGGCAACUACUCCACACUGCUUUACAUAGAGAGAGUGAAGCAAAUCCUGAGGAACCAUGACCCCCAUAAACCCCUAUUCCUCUAUCUGUCCCUUCAGGCCGCCCAUACACCCUUACAGGUACCAGAUAAUUUUCUGCAUUACUAUGACUCCCAGGGCAAUCGUCUCAGGCGCCAUUACGCAGCCAUGUUGAGCUGCCUGGAUGAUGGGGUUGGAGAAGUGGUCCGGGAACUGAAGACCAGUGGGCUCUAUCAAAACUCAGUACUGAUCUACUCAUCUGAUAAUGGUGGGCAGCCGCUCUCUGGAGGAAGUAACUGGCCUCUGAGAGGUGGCAAAGGGACCUACUGGGAAGGGGGCAUCAGGGCUGUGGGCUUUGUCCAUAGUCCCCUCCUGAAGAAGAAGGGUGUAGUCAGCAGAGCACUGAUCCACGUCUCUGACUGGUACCCCACAUUACUGGGGCUGGCCGGGGCUCUGCAGUCCCACCAUGGCCUUGACGGCCACAAUGUUUGGGGUGCUAUCAGCGAGGACCUACCCUGUCCUCGCACUGAAAUCCUUUUCAACAUUGACCCAGUCUCCAGGAAGCCCGGGGAGCCAUAUGACAAGGCGUUGGUACUCAACGGGUUUGGGAUAUGGGACACAGCCGUAAGGGCUGCAAUAAGGGCAGGGGACUGGAAGCUACUUACAGGAAAUGUAGGCGACGGGGACUGGAUACCACCACAGGCUCUUCCCGUUGGUCCAGAACGGUGGCAGAAACUCGAGAAGCGGCGCAAUGAGCUGGGGAAGUCAGUUUGGCUGUUUAAUGUCACCUCUGACCCCUAUGAGAGGUCAGACCUGGCGGAGGCUCGUCCAGAGGUGGUGAAACAUCUGCUGACCAGGCUGGCAGAGUACAACCAGACAGCUGUGAUGGCCAGGAAUCCACCAGACGAUCCUAUGGCUGACCCUGAGCUCCAUGGAGGGGUGUGGAGCCCAUGGCUGGGCCUGGAGGGACAAGAGGGGGAUAGUGUAGAGGAGGAUGGCAGGAAAGAAAGGAUGAUGAAGAUUAAGCACUGCAGAGUAUGUAAAUUAAAAGCUCUCUUCAAGAAGGUUGGAUCACGUCUGGAGAGGAACACCCUGUUCUUCUAAAUAUCUCAUCUAGCAACAUUGAUUGGACUGAAAGGCGUCAGUAUGCUUCAAAUAAACUAGGUUAUAUGAGGUGUCAUCUGAACACAUCCGAAGGCAGCUGUUAAUACUGUUAUGAAUGACCACAGUCAAAGAAGGGUGAGGUGCUAUGUGUCCUUCAGUAGGGAAAUAGUCUCUCCUAAGAGGCACUCAUGCGGUUGCCCUUUGUUUUGCACAUGAAAAGUGACAUAAGUAGUUGUGUGAAGGAUAAAGUAAUAAAAGAAAAACUUCAAAUUAUAUAUACUUUCUCCCAUCAGGACAUCUGAUCAAGCAUGAAGUUGGCAUGCUUGUUGUACUGUCAAUCUAAAUUUGUGGAGGUAUGAGGUUUCCUUCACUUCACAAGGUCAUUUUUUGAAGCAUACUGAUGCCUUAACCAGGAGGAAGGGAGAGGAAAAGAGAGAUGCAGGCAAUGUAAAAUACAGACCAACCAGGCAGGUCAGACAGACAAGAUAAACCCACAAUGAAAUACUGAAGGUCGGCAGAUAAACAGGCAGCCUGAUAGACAAAGCAGACAGGGCUGUGCGGCUGGCUGAGCAAGCUGACUCACUUGCUGUCCUGCGGCCAAACUGCAGCAGGGUGACUUUGGGCCAUCGUCGUUGGCCUGCAAAGGAAACGAUGUGUGUGUCAUCACUCAUGUAUGCCUGUAUUCAUGAAUAGUUUGAUUAAUACAGAUAGAGAUAGAGCAUGUGCAUGUGGAAGUGAGGCCUGAAGAGAUGGAAGAAAGGCACAGAGGAUGACCUCUCUGUCUCUUGUCCUAAUCAUCCCAAGAGGACCCUUUAAGGAUGACACAAAGACACCCACAGCGGUUGUUUGUCAAAUGUCACCUUGUUCUUUUGUUCUUAGGGGUUAUACGGAUUCACACUCAUAUUGUGGCUCAUUCCUCUGUCUUUGAAGGACCUCUGACUGUAAUGUCCAGUCCCUGCAGCAAUAACUAUCUAACGAAAGCUCUGAAGCUGAUACCAUCAGUCUUUUCUUGGCUUUUAAAUGCCUCUUAACUCAACUAUAGUGUUAUAAAAAGCUGGGAAUAUGAUUCAAAAGAUCUAAAUAAAAUGAUGAAUGCAAAAACUGAA